AUGGUCAACAUCGGCCACAUAUUCGUGUGGGCCUUGCUCUUGGCCAUUACUUCGAGCACUGAUCUGAGCGGCGAUGACACUCUCAACGAUGUUUUGAGUGAACUUGAAUUCGACGACGACUCUUCGUCCAGAUUAAUCCGCGACACAUCUUUGUCGGCCAAAAACAUCGAGAAGAUCGAUGUAAAAUGCGACCAAGGCAAUGGCAUGUUGGUCGAGGUGGAGUUCUCGGAGGACUUUGAAGGAGUCAUCUACAGUCAGGGAUACUUUAACGAUCCCAAGUGCAACUAUGUAAAGGGCGACAGAGCUGGUCGCAACUUUGUAUUCUCUGUGCCAUAUGACGGUUGCGGCAGCAAGCCCGCCUGCUCCGUGUGCGCCUCCGUCGAGAAUAUCCUGAUCAUCCAGGAUGACAGGGACAUUCAGAAUAGCUUCGAUAUUGCGCGAAAAAUAUCGUGCAGUCGGGGCGAUGAGCGGGAGAAAACCGUGUACUUCAAGCCAUUUGUGGUGGACAUGCUGGAGGUCAUUUCCGUGGACACUCCCAGUGGUCCCGUCAAGUGCUGGAUGGAAAUCGGCAUUGGCACUCCGCCCAACAUCAAGCCCAUUGUGGGAAGUCUCAGUCUCGGAGCCGACAUCACGUUCACCAUCAACGUGGAGCACUCGGAGCAGUCGUGGGAUGUGAAUAUCCUGCAGUGCUACGCCUCGGACGACAUGGACUUCGAAGCCCGAACCACAAAGAGGCUGCAGCUCUCGGACAAGCGAGGCUGCUCGAUUAAGAAGAAGAUAUUUGGGGAGUGGAGAAGAUACGAGGGGGCCUCCAGUCUCACCUCCACCUACUAUAACACCCUGAAGGCCUUCCGGUUCCCCGAUCGGUCCCAGGUCUACCUAAAGUGCGACAUUGAGCUUUGUAAUGGCGCCUGCCAGAGGGAUCCCUCUUGUGGCGAUUCCAGGACCAUCUCGUGCCCCGAGGAUUCCACAGACCCACUGUGUCUACAGAAUCACCUGAAGAAUACAACGCCAAAGCCUCGCUGCUAUCCCGGGUCAAGGGAUCCAGGUUGCCAGACACCUACCGUGCCACAAACCACCAUAAGAAUUCCCAUAACAUCAACAUUUUCGCCGAAAUCGCGCUGCUACCCGGGAUCACGCGAUCCUAGUUGUCCGCAACCGCCAACAUCUAAGCCCAGGUGUUACCCGGGAUCCGAUGACCCUGAAUGCCAGCCAGCUACUUAUCUUCCGCCCACAACGAGAAGAGUUCCGGACCGCACGCCCAAGCCACGUUGCUAUCCUGGAUCAACUGAUCCCAUUUGCCAACCCGCCACAAGGAUACCAAUUACCACAACGAAACCAAAAUGCUAUCCAGGAUCCAAUGACAUCGAGUGCCAACCAGCCACUUAUCUCCCACCGACCACAAAGAGAGUAACAAUUCCAACAAAGUCACCUGUAAUUACAUCGAAGCCCAGGUGCUACCCAGGCUCAUCCGAUCCCGAAUGCUCUACUGAUAGUCGAUGCCCAAGAGUAACGACUACCAGACCAAGAUGUUAUCCGGGGUCUACAGAUCUCCAGUGUCAACCAGCUACAUAUCUUCCCCCAGUAACUGCAAGGACAACGAUUCCAACUGUUAGGCCAACAUACACCACACCUGCAACGAGGACACCAAUAACAACGUCGAAGCCAAAUUGUUAUCCAGGCUCAACAGAUAGACGCUGCCCGCAGAAGUCUCCAACAACACAGGAACCAAGGUGCUAUCCUGGAUCUAAGAACCCUGAGUGUCAACCAGCAACUAGAGUUCCCCUCACAACACCCAAGCCGAGAUGUUAUCCUGGCUCAUCAGAUCCCGAGUGCCAACCAGCAACAUAUCUUCCUCCAGUGACUGCGAGGACAACGAUUCCCACAGUUAAGCCUAGGUGCUAUCCAGGAUCUACUGACCCUGAAUGUCAACCUGCCACUUACGCUCCUCCGACAACAAGGGCUCCGAUUACUACAUCCAAGCCCAAUUGCUAUCCAGGCUCUUCGGACCCCCGUUGUCCGAAGAUGCCACCUACCACGCCACAGCCAAAGUGCUACCCCGGCUCAUUAGAUCCUGAAUGCCUUAACUGUUUCCCCGGAUCGCCUGAUCCAAGAUGCCCCAAGGUUCCAACAACUCGGAGGGCAGGAUGUUAUGAGGGUUCGGAUGAUCCUAAAUGCCAGCCUGCUACAUAUCUACCACCAUCGACCUAUCGUCCGCCUACGAUUGCACCAAAACCUCGAUGCUAUCCAGGAUCGAAGGACCCUAGGUGCCCGCAGGAACCUCGGCCAACAACGAAAGCACCAAUUCCAACAGAAAAACCAAGGUGCUAUCCAGGAUCCAAUGAUCCUGUGUGCCAACCACCGACGACUAGAACGCCAAUAACUACUUCUAAGCCUAAUUGUUAUCCGGGUUCCACUGACAGGCGGUGUCCGAAGGAGCCAGUGACGACUCUUAAACCAAGGUGCUAUCCUGGCUCAAAUGAUCCUGAAUGUCAACCUGCAACUUAUUCUCCUCCGACGACGCGGACUCCAAUUACUACAUCCAAGCCGAAUUGCUAUCCAGGAUCAACUGAUAGCCGGUGCCCAAGAGUGACGACCCAACGGCCAAAAUGUUAUCCAGGAUCUACAGAUCCUGAGUGCCAGCCAGCCACUUAUCUGCCACCCACAACUAGGCGUACAACAAUUGCUACUGCAAAGCCAAGGUGCUCUCCAGGAUCUACUGACCCUGAAUGUCAGCCAGCCACUUCUGCUCCUCCGACAACAAGGACCCCAAUAACCACUUCCAAGCCUAAUUGUUAUCCAGGAUCCACUGAUAGCCGGUGCCCAAGAAUAACGACUCAAAGGCCAAAAUGCUAUCCAGGAUCUACAGAUCCUGAGUGCCAGCCAGCCACUUAUCUGCCACCCACAACUAGGCGUACAACAAUUGCUACUGCAAAGCCAAGGUGUUAUCCAGGAUCUAAUGACCCUGCAUGUCAGCCAGCCACUUCUGCUCCUCCGACAACAAGGACACCAAUAACCACUUCCAAGCCUAAUUGUUAUCCAGGAUCCACUGAUAGUCGGUGCCCAAGAAUAACGACUCAAAGACCCAAAUGCUAUCCGGGAUCUACAGAUCCUGAGUGCCAGCCAGCCACUUAUCUGCCACCCACAACUAGGCGUACAACAAUUGCUACUGCAAAGCCAAGGUGUUAUCCAGGAUCUACUGACCCUGCAUGUCUCCCAGCCACUUCUGCUCCUCCAACAACGAGAACUCCGAUUACUACCUCCAAGCCGAAUUGCUAUCCAGGCUCUUCGGAUCCCCGGUGCCCGAAGAUUCCCCCUUCCACGCCACAGCCCAAGUGCUAUCCGGGAUCUUCAGAUCCUGAAUGUUUGAAUUGUUUCCCGGGAUCGCCUGACCCAAGGUGCCCCAAAGUGCCGACCACCAGGAGGGCAGGCUGCUAUGACGGUUCGGAUGAUCCAAGAUGCCAGCCUGCUACUUACUUGCCACCAUCAACUCAUCGUCCACCUACUGUUGCGCCUAAGCCCAAUUGCUACCCAGGAUCAACGGAUCCACGGUGUCCGGCAGUUACAAAGGCAACAACACUUAAACCACCAGUAACUACAUCGAAGCCAAGAUGUUAUCCAGGCUCUUCAGAUCCCGAGUGCCAACCAGCCACUUAUAUCCCACCGACAACAAGGAGAGUAACAAUUCCAACAAAGUCACAGGUAACGACAUCGAAACCUAGGUGCUACCCAGGCUCAAGUGAUCCUGAAUGUCAACCUGCAACUUAUUCUCCUCCGACGACGCGGACUCCAAUUACUACAUCCAAGCCGAAUUGCUAUCCAGGAUCCACUGAUAGUCGGUGCCCAAGAAUAACGACUCAAAGGCCAAAAUGCUAUCCAGGAUCUACAGAUCCUGAGUGCCAGCCAGCCACUUAUCUGCCACCCACAACUAGGCGUACAACAAUUGCUACUGCAAAGCCAAGGUGUUAUCCAGGAUCUACUGACCCUGAAUGUCAGCCAUCCACUUUUGCUCCUCCGACAACAAGGACACCAAUAACCACUUCCAAGCCUAAUUGUUAUCCAGGAUCCACUGAUAGCCGGUGCCCAAGAAUAACGACUCAAAGGCCAAAAUGCUAUCCAGGAUCUACAGAUCCUGAGUGCCAGCCAGCCACUUAUCUGCCACCCACAACUAGGCGUACAACAAUUGCUACUGCAAAGCCAAGGUGUUAUCCAGGAUCUACUGACCCUGAAUGUCAGCCAUCCACUUUUGCUCCACCGACAACAAGGACACCAAUAACCACUUCCAAGCCUAAUUGUUAUCCAGGAUCCACUGAUAGCCGGUGCCCAAGAGUGACGACCCAACGGCCAAAGUGUUAUCCAGGAUCUACAGAUCCUGAGUGCCAGCCAGCCACUUAUCUGCCACCCACAACUAGGCGUACAACAAUUGCUACUGCAAAGCCAAGGUGUUAUCCAGGAUCUAAUGACCCUGCAUGUCAGCCAGCCACUUACACUCCUCCAAUAACGAGGACUCCGAUUACUACCUCCAAGCCGAAUUGCUAUCCUGGCUCCUCGGAUCCUCGGUGCCCAAAGAUUCCCCUUCCCACGCCACAGCCCAAGUGCUAUCCGGGAUCUUCAGAUCCUGAAUGUUUGAAUUGUUUCCCGGGAUCGCCUGACCCAAGGUGCCCCAAAGUGCCGACCACCAGGAGGGCAGGCUGCUAUGACGGUUCGGAUGAUCCAAGAUGCCAGCCUGCUACUUACUUGCCACCAUCAACUCAUCGUCCACCUACUGUUGCGCCUAAGCCCAAUUGCUACCCAGGAUCAACGGAUCCACGGUGUCCGGCAACAACAAUUAGAACACCUAUAACUACAUCUAAGCCAAGAUGUUAUCCAGGCUCAUCAGAUCCUGAGUGUCAACCAGCAACUUAUAUUCCUCCAGUGACUGCAAGAACCACUUUUUCAACUGCCAGGCCCACUUAUUCUCCUCCUACAACUAAGACGCCUAUAACUACGUCGAAGCCAAAUUGUUAUCCAGGAUCGACAGAUAGACGCUGCCCGCAAUUGCCUCCAACAACACAAGAACCGAGGUGCUAUCCUGGAUCUAAGAACCCUGAGUGUCAACCAGCAACUAGAGUUCCCAUUACAACACCCAAGCCAAGAUGUUAUCCUGGCUCAUCAGAUCCCGAGUGCCAACCAGCCACUUAUCUUCCUCCAGUAACAACAAGAACCACGAUUCAAACUGCUAGGCCCACUUACACUCCGAAUACAACGAGAACGCCUAUAACUACUUCAAAGCCAAAUUGCUAUCCAGGAUCAACUGAUAGUCGGUGCCCAAGAGUAACGACUGAAAGGCCGAAAUGCUAUCCAGGAUCUACAGAUCCUGAGUGCCAGCCAGCCACUUACACUCCUCCUACAACAAGGACUCCAAUUACUACUUCCAAACCCAAUUGCUAUCCAGGCUCUUCGGACCCCCGUUGCCCGAAAAUUCCACCUACCACGCCACAGCCAAAGUGCUAUCCCGGCUCUUCAGAUCCUGAAUGCCUUAACUGCUUCCCCGGAUCGCCUGAUCCAAGAUGCCCAAAGGUUCCAACAACUAGGAGGGAAGGAUGUUACGAGGGUUCGGAUGAUCCGAAAUGCCAGCCUGCCACUUACUUGCCACCAUCAAGUCAUCGUCCUCCGACUAUUGCACCAAAGCCCAAUUGCUAUCCUGGAUCUACCGAUCCAAGGUGUCCAACAGUGACACAGCCGACAACAAUAAGAACACCAAUUACUACACAAAGGCCAAGGUGUUUCCCGGGCUCUUCUGAUCCUGACUGCGUGCCAGUAACGUACUCGCCCCCGACAACAAGAACACCUGUAACCACUUCCAAGCCUAACUGUUAUCCAGGCUCAAAGGACAGACGUUGUCCGCAAGAACCAACGCCAACUAAUAGGCCUAGCUGCUAUCCAGGCUCCCCAGAUCCUGGAUGCCUGGUGGUAACAACGACGAGGACGGUGAUCGACGCUACCACGCCAGCUUACUGCUACCCGGGAUCCAUCGAUCCACGUUGUCCUGACUCUGGCUACAGGGGCACCAGUCGAAUUCCUGCCACAUAUCUGCCACCAUUGAGCGAUCCUGGUUACGAUAGAACCAUUCGUAACGCGAAGACCUCCUUCUUCAAGGAGAUCAACCAUUUGGCCUUCACGGACAACAAUGUCUUCGAACUGGACGACGACGAGGCCGAGCCAUCGAGAGUGAAGCGUGAUGUCGGAUCCGAUGACCAGGCCCUAGAUCAAAACGAGGAUCUCCUUUCCCGGAAGAUUGUUAAGCGCGAGGCAAACGAGCGGCCAUUAGAGCAAGAAGUGAUUUCCCUGACUCUCGGAGUGCGGAUGGGCAUCAGUGUAAAAUAGUCGUUGAAGUUCUAGUAGCCGUUAAGCGUAACCAUAUUAUAAUAUGUCCAUACACCGAUAUGUAUUUAACCUAGAAUGAUAUUCAUUAAAUAUAAACCUAUGUACAAAUGUA